AUGCCUUCGUUUCUGUGUCUGCCAGCUGUCUGCAUUCUCCUCUUCUACACAGUGUCCCCGUCCAUCUCUCUUCAAGAGUUUUACGUGAGCAAGGAGACCAUCGGGAAGAUUGCAGUGGCCAGCAAGUUGAUGUGGUGCUCAGCAGCGGUCGACGUCCUGUUCCUGUUAGAUGGCUCUCACAGUGUCGGGAAAGGGAGCUUCGAGAGGUCCAAGCACUUUGCCAUGGCUGUCUGUGAUGCUCUGGACAUCAGCCCCGGGAGGGUCAGGGUGGGAGCCUUGCAGUUUGGUUCCACUCCUCAUCUGGAAUUCCCCUUGGACUCCUUUUCUACCCGGCAGGAAGUGAAGGCAAACAUCAAGGGAAUAGCUUUCAAAGGCGGGCGCACAGAGACAGGCCUUGCUCUGAAGAGCCUGCACAGAGGGUUCCCCGGAGGCAGAAAUGGUACUGUGCCCCAGCUCCUUAUCAUCGUCACAGAUGGCAAGUCCCAGGGGCCCGUGGCUCUUCCUGCUAAGCAGCUGAAAGAGAGAGGCAUCAUUGUGUUCGCCGUAGGAGUCCGGUUCCCCAGGUGGGACGAGCUACUCACCCUGGCCAGUGAGCCAAAGGAGCAGCAUGUGCUGUUGGCUGAGCGAGUGGAGGAUGCCACCAAUGGCCUCCUCAGCACCCUGAGUACCUCAGCGCUCUGCACCUCUGCUGAUCCAGAUUGCAGGGUGGAAGCUCACCCCUGUGAGCGCAAGACACUGGAGACCAUCAGGGAACUGGCUGGCCAUGCCCUGUGCUGGAGGGGAUCGAGGCAGACGGAUGCUGUGCUGGCUGUGCGCUGUCCCUUCUACAGCUGGAAGAGAGUGUUCCAGACACACCCCGGCACCUGCUACAGAACCAUCUGUCCAGGCCCCUGUGACUCCCAGCCCUGCCAAAACGGAGGCACAUGCAUUCCAGAGGGUGUGGAUAGGUACCACUGCCUCUGCCCACUGGCAUUCGGAGGGGAAGUCAACUGUGCCCCGAAGCUGAGCCUGGAAUGCCGGAUCGACAUCCUCUUCCUGCUGGACAGUUCUGCGGGCACCACCCUGGAGGGCUUCCUGCGGGCCAAGGCUUUUGUGAAGCGCUUCACGCAGGCCGUGCUGAGUGAGGACUCUCGGGCCCGAGUUGGGGUGGCCAGUUACAGCAAGGACCUGAUAGUGGCCGUGCCUGUCGGGGAGUACCAGGAUUUGCCAGACCUGGUCAGGAGCCUUGACAGCAUCCCCUUCCGUGGCGGCCCAACGCUGACCGGCAGUGCCUUGCUACAGGUGUCGGAGCAUGGCUUUGGGAGUGCCAGCAGGACAGGCCAGGACAGGCCACGCAGAGUUGUGGUUCUGCUCACUGAGUCACACUCCCAGGAUGAGGUGGCUGGGCCAGCAGAUCACGCAAGGGCCCGGGAGCUGCUCCUCCUGGGCGUGGGCAGUGAGAAGGUGCGGGCGGAACUGGAGGAGAUAACCGGCAGCUCCAAGAAUGUGAUGGUCUACACGGACCCUCAGGACUUACUCAGCCAGAUCCCGGAGCUGCAGAGGAGGCUGUGCAGCCAGCCACGGCCAGGCUGCCAAGCGCAGUCACUGGACCUGGUGUUCCUGCUGGAUGCCUCUGCCUCCGUGGGACCUGAGAACUUCGCGCAGAUGCAGACGUUCAUCAGGAAAUGCACCCUCCAUUUUGAUGUGAACCGUGACGUGACACAGGUGGGCCUGGUGGUCUAUGGCAGCCAGGUGCAGACAGCCUUCGGACUGGACACCUAUUCCACCCGCGCUGCCGUGUUGCGGGUCAUGAGCCAGGCUCCCUACCUAGGGGGUGUGGGGUCUGCUGGCACAGCCCUGCUGCACAUCGAUGACAAGGUGAUGUCCAUCCAGAGGGGUGCCCGCCCUGGUGUCCCCAAGGCUGUGGUGAUGAUCACAGGUGGGAGUGGAGCGGAAGAUGCAGCUGUCCCUGCCCAGAAGCUGAGAAGCAAUGGCAUCUCUGUCUUGGUUGUGAGCGUGGGGGCUGUCGUCAGGGAGGCAGUGCGGAGGCUCGCUGGUCCCCGGGACUCCCUGAUCCAUGUGGCAGCUUACACAGACCUACGGUACCACCAGGACGCACUCAUUGAGUGGAUAUGUAGAGAAGCCAAGCGGCCAGUCAACCUCUGCAAACCCAGCCCAUGUAUGAAUGAAGGCACCUGUGUCCUGAAGAAUGGCAGUUACCGCUGCGAGUGCCGGGGCGGCUGGGGAGGCCCCCACUGUGAGAACCGCAUCUUGAGAGGCGAUGCUCCCAUGGCAGAGCCCACAGGAAGACAGCAGCCAACCCCCUCCCAGCAAGCUCCUGGGCAUCUCAGAAUCUGAAAGACACUGUCUAUGGCCCAGUGCACUGCCUGGGGUCCU